AAGCAGUGAUGGUGCCUCCCACCCACUGGGCUCUGGGUUCAGAUCCAGUCAGUGUGGAGCCUGCAUGUUCUCCUCAUGUUCAUAUGGGUUUCCUCCCACAGUCUAAAGACAUAAGUUUCUGACGGGUUGGUGGCUAAAUUCUGCCGUGUGUGUGUGUGUCUGUCUGUCUGUGUCUGUCUACGACUACUCAGCCUAACACCCUGUGCCUCUGGGAUUUGCUCCAAAAUACAAGAACCGUGCAGUGACAAAUGAUGAAUGACGUGACCCGGUGGGUACGUAGUGCCGUCCCCCAGAGUCUCCGACCCCCCGCCCAGCCCUCACGUGCUGCGUAUAAAUAAAAAAGUUACCAUCGAAUGAACACAGAGGCUCUUUUUCUGUCCGCUGAACGAGUCCCGCUGCCUUGGUAUCGCCGGGGUGUCAAAGGGACACCAUGACUGGACCCGCUGCUGCCCUCGGGCCCCUGCUUGUGCUCCUGCUUCACCUCGUACUCGGCUGUGCUGCUCAGCGACUCCCACCAGGACCCCGCGGACCCCCCGGCCCCCCUGGUGUCCCUGGAAUCGAUGGCAUCGACGGGGAAAGAGGUCCCAGCGGCCCGGACGGUGCUCCUGGCCUUGAUGGAGAUGAUGGAAAACCGGGCUCUGCAGGACUGCCCGGCGAACCCGGAGCCGACGGUUUGACUGGGCCCAUUGGAGAGCCUGGUCCAAGGGGUCCACGGGGACAAAAAGGAGAACCGGGGAAGGCUGGGCUUCGUGGACCACCAGGUGUUGGACCUGAUGGACCUCCUGGACCUGUGGGACCAGCAGGACUACCAGGCGAAGUUGGUAAAGUUGGACUCACAGGAGCCAUGGGACUGAGAGGCCCUCCAGGACCCCCUGGACCCCCAGGGCCUAGAGGAGCUGCUGGGGUCCAUGGUGCGGGUGGAGUGCUGUGUCUCAACGCCUGCCCCCCUGGCCUCUCAGGCCACCCAGGUCUUCCAGGUAUGAAGGGCCACAAGGGUGUAAAAGGAGAACCUGGUGAGCCAGGCAAACAAGGGCACAAGGGUGCAGAGGGAGACCAAGGAGACCCUGGAGAAGUCGGAGCACAAGGCCCACCAGGACCUCAAGGGCUCAGAGGGAUCAAAGGGAUCAUGGGUUCCAAAGGAGAAAUGGGGCCUCGUGAGCAGGAUGGAGAGCCAGGUCCUCGGGGUGUCCAAGGGGCAGCUGGAGACCCAGGCCAGAGGGGUGUGGCCGGAGAGACGGGUCUCAAAGGUGCUCGGGGGCUUCAAGGGCCAAGAGGAAUCACUGGUCUCCCAGGGGCCAAUGGCGAGAGUGGACUCCCUGGAGUGGACGGGCGUGAAGGGAUUCCUGGGAUGCCGGCCACUAAGGGACUUCCAGGGAAAACAGGAGCUCCAGGAGACGCGGGUCCUCAGGGACUUCCUGGUUUACCAGGGGCUCCAGGUCCUAAAGGCAUCAGUGGUGGGAAGGGCAACACAGGAGAGCCGGGUCUUACUGGGUCCAUGGGCUCUUCUGGUAAAACAGGCGAGCGCGGUGAAAAGGGAGAUGUGGGACCCGUUGGACCAAGAGGUGGACCAGGUGCAAGAGGAGAGCGUGGUCCAGCUGGUCCCCCAGGAAAGCCAGGUCCCCGUGGAGCUAUUGGGGACCUCGGUCUGCCGGGACUCCCAGGGCCUCCAGGUCUGCCAGGAGCAAAAGGAGACAGAGGGGCUGUUGGAAAAACUGGUCCAAAAGGGGAACAAGGACCUCCUGGAGCUGAAGGGACGCCUGGUGACAAAGGGGACCAAGGUGAGCGAGGAGAGCACGGACCAAAAGGAGCAACUGGACCCCCUGGGGAGCCUGGAAGCAGAGGCCCAGAAGGGGUACGUGGGCUUGCUGGGGUCGAGGGACCAUCCGGCGCACCAGGACCACGUGGCAUGCAGGGAGACAGGGGUGUCCCCGGAUUUCCAGGUCCACAGGGACCUGCGGGUAAAGAGCCAAGUGAUCAGCAGAUCAGACAAGUUUGCAUGAGGGUCAUGCAAGAGCAGUUGGCCCAGUUGGCUGCCAGUCUUAGAAGACCUGAGUCUGGACUUGCUGGGCUACCUGGCAGACCUGGACCUCCUGGACCCCCUGGUAACCCUGGAGACAGCGGCUUCCCUGGGCAGGCAGGUGCCAGAGGGCUGCCAGGCCUCAAAGGUCCGCCAGGUCCCAUAGGGCUGAAAGGACCAAAAGGUGAAGUGGGAGACAGGGGAGACCGAGGUCCCACGGUACGAGGACCCAAAGGAAUGCCGGGGGCCCCUGGUUUACCUGGGGAGCCUGGGAGACCUGGCUAUGGCACAGAUGGGCGGGACGGUGAGAGGGGGCCUCCUGGUAUCCCUGGAAUACCUGGAAUCCCAGGGCCUCCUGGUCCCCCUGGCCUCAAUGGCUACUGCGACCCUUCGGCUUGUACUUUGCAGGCAGCAGCUUCAUCUCAGUCUCUGAAGGACUCAAACAUGAAAGGGCCUGGAGGACCAUGAGCGUCUCCAGUCUUCAGUGACCCGAGAUAGAGAGGAUUGCUGUUGGAGAACUUUCCACUCAAGAAGUUCAGCAGCUCAAUUGUAAUAUUGUCCCCUAAUAAUCAGGUGCUCAGUUUGCAUUUUAAUGUUUCAGGAAUGGAGUGUGAAAAAAGAACAUCAGUGAGGAGCCUCAAGUUGUCUGGAAAAAAGCCAAAUUCAACAGCGCCACCCUGUUCCAAUGUACCGCGGUCAGGACACCUCAUGGUCCUUAUUCUGCAGGAAAGAGUCUGUUUUUACCUCAGAUGUAGCAUCUGCACUCUGUAUACAGUAAAAUAAAAAAAACAAAAAGUACCUGUUAUUUUCCAUGAUUGUUCUUUACUGUAACAUAUACAGAGCAAAUAUUGCAAUAGAAUACCCUGGCAUUGUUCAACAUAAAUGGCUGCAAUAAAAACAGAGUAGCUUAAAAACAGAGUAGAAAAGCUGCAGUCAGGUGUAGUGUAGCGUAAUUUAUAAUUCUGAAAGUUUCUUCAAAAUUUCCUUCUUCGGGAUCUGUGAAUUUUUUUCUCUAUGUUACAACCUCCGGAAAUCCCAAAAAACAAUGACUAUUAUGUUGGGUGUGUUAAAGGCGAUGAAUCAUAAGGAAGGUGGUGUGUCAGUGUUCACAGUAUUAUUUAUUGGACUACAGUCUGACUUGGAAUCUGCCACUGUUCAA